GAAGGAUCGCGGCCGAGAAGGGGAAACAAGCAUUCUGCAGACCAGGGAACCGACGAACAGAAAAGGCGUUCGACAAGGAAGGUUCGUUUAUUUGAGGUCUGUUACAAGUAUACCAGAUAGAGGCGCAAGGUGCAGCCUCACUUUUAAGAGAAGGUUACAUCCAACCAAAAGAAAAAGGAAAACUGAAAUAACCAACAAUUACAGUGCAGCAGUGCAGCCCAGAACAGGUUGAAUCUUGUAUAGAAUUGCUAAUGAGGGGUAGAAGCUAUAGUUACAGCCCAUCACCACCAAGGGGUUAUGGAAGAAGAGGCCGGAGCCCUAGCCCUCGGGGUCGCUAUAGUGGUCGUGGUAGAGAUCUUCCUACUAGUCUUUUAGUUCGCAACCUUCGCCAUGAUUGCAGGCCAGAAGAUCUACGUAGGCCAUUUGGACAAUUUGGUCCUCUUAAGGACAUUUACUUGCCUCGAGAUUAUUAUACUGGGGAACCACGUGGCUUUGGUUUUGUCCAAUAUAUGGACCCUGCUGAUGCUGCAGAAGCCAAAUAUCAAAUGGAUGGACAAAUUCUUCAUGGAAGGGAGCUGACAGUUGUGUUUGCAGAGGAGAAUAGAAAGAAACCAGCUGAAAUGAGAGCAAGGGAAAGAGUGAGGGGCCAGUCUUAUGACCGUAGGCGGUCUCCUCGUUAUUCCCGCUCCCCACGCUACUCCCACUCACCACAUCAUGCAAGAUCUCGUUCGCAUAGCCCUAGUUACUAUUCUCCAUCCCCUAGGCGAAGGCGUUACUCAAGGUCAGUUUCACCAUCAGAUAGAAGGUACAGUGGAGAACGAUCAUACUCUCGUUCUCCUUAUGGUUCAAGGAGCCCAGAAGACUACACUAGGAAACCGGAGAGGGAAAGGUCCUUGAGCCAGUAAGCUACUGAGAAAAACUGCAACCCCAUUGGUAUCAGUGGUUGCUUUCAGUGAUAACAUUUAUCAUUACAAUGUACCUCUUUAAUUAGGUUGGCAUCAACGCAGAUUGAUUUUCACAUUUUGUUCAAGUUAGCAUAAAGUUGAACGGCUAUUGUAGAAGGUAACAUCUUGUUAAGAAUUUGGGUGCAAUUUUUAUACGAGGGAAACUGGUGAAGGUACCCAAUUAGUGGUA